AUGGAAAGAUUUGUGAAGAUUGGCGACAUUUCGUAUGCCAUCUACUUGAUUCAUUGGCCAUUUUUGGAACUGUUUAAUUUUGGAGAUUUUGGAAAGAAUGCCGGGAAUGAAAUUGGAAUUCAAGGUGCGUUAUCGGAAGUCGAAGCCUCUGAGUUUCUUGUUAGGUUUGGAUCAGAUCUUGUGGAAAAAGAUGAGUCCCAAUAGGGUCUAAUGCGAAUGAAAUGCAUAUCUAUUAUUCUUUGCUCCAUUCGAUCAGAAAAGGAUGCAUUAGGAUACAUUUCAUUUGCUUUCUAGACCCCAUUGUGAUACAUUUUUUGCCACGUGAUCUGGUCAUUGGUCUCUAUCGAUUUAUUAGUUUAGAACUGAUUUUUAUGGCAAAUUGACAAUGUAUUUCCUUCUAGAUGGCAUAUUUCUGAUAACAUCCGUCCUGAUUCUCGCAUAUCUGCUUGAAAACUUUUUUAAGACAGUAUUAAGUUAUGUCACUUCGUGGAUUUUGCUAGUCACAACUUUAUUACUACUCUACAGUGCUGCUUACUACGCCUCAACUUUUAUUGAAAACAAAUCUUGGGAAAAGAGUUUAACGAAUAACAGUCACAGUAAUACGACAGUAACAAGCUUUGAAGACCGCGUAAUCAAACUAUAUGAAAACAGAGGCAAUACCAAUUUAACAACGACAGAAGCACUCGACUUUAAUAUGGAAAUGAGGGACUAUGUGCAGACAAAUUUUAGUACUUGCCGCAAUCAGAGUCAAGUUAUGCCGACGGAUGUGAAGUUGGACUGGAAGUAUUUCUCGUAUUGGUGUCAUAAAAGGGCAGGUUAUUUUACUACACCUUGGAAAUGCACAGGUUUAAAUCCGACUUUUGAGAAUUCUAGGGCAAUGGGAAGAAAGAAAUCCUCCUACUUGGUAACAGUAUCUCUCGCGACUUAUAUUUCGGGGUUCAGAAAUAUUUUGCCGAUGUUUUUGAUCAUUUGACCUUUUUCGGAACCUCUGGCUGCACGUCUUUUGGGUUGGAAUUUGAAAGUGAAGAAUGCCGCUUAUAUGCGAAGCAGUUAAUUCCGAUCAUCAAAAAAUGGCAUCGACCGGUCGACAUUGUGAUUGUACAACAAUCGUGAGUAUAUGGCUUCCUAAAUUAGAAACUUUUCAGUUACCUAAAGCUAUGGAAACGUAAUUAUACUAAAAGCGACAUUAUUCAACAGAGUAUGCAGCACUUCUAUGACGAACUUUCAUCGGUUGUAAACGACGUAAUUUUCAUGAAUUCCGCGGAAUUCUUCGAAUAUCAUCGGUUUCAAAAAAUGCAAAAAUCUAUCCUAAAUAACGAAGAUUUAUCACAGUAUCAAAUAAAAUACGGCUAUGGGCGUUCCUUGUAUGGCGAUACACAGCGACGAAUCGACGCGAUCAAAUGCGAAAAGUGCCGGAAAAUCGAUUAUUCGGAGCAAUAUUGCGAUAAAAUCAAGGAUUCUUGCACAAUAAUCCACGACAAUAAGAUUUUGCAACAUCACGAUGGGCGACACUCGACGAUGUACGGCUCAUUGUUGUUGGCGGAGAAGCUGAGAGAAGACUAUGAGCAUUGGAAAAAUUCGAGGACAGAGAUUUGA